GAAUUCCAUCUUUAGGUUGUCAGCUGUCAUACCUAAAGCGAGCGAGCUGAGAAAGCGAGCGAUUUUCCUAAAAUUACGAUUUAUCAAUAAUCAUGUCAAGUUAUAUUGCCAGAAAGGGACCUUUGGUAUUCUCCAACCUGGGCAAAUGGGCCUACAAUCUGUCCGGAUUCAAUCAAUACGGUCUGCACCGUGAUGAUUGUCUGUAUGAGAAUGAGGACGUGACCGAAGCAAUCCGCCGCCUUCCUCGUAAAUUGUAUGACGAGCGCAACUAUCGCGUUAUGCGUGCUCUGCACUUGUCCAUGACGAAGACCAUUCUGCCCAAGGAGCAAUGGACAAAGUACGAGGAUGACGUUAAAUACUUGGAACCAUACCUGAAGGAGGUGGUGCAAGAGCGCGAGGAGCGUGAGGAGUGGAACAAAAAUCAUUGAAUUUCUUCGCGCUGUGUGGAUUUGUAAAUGAAUUGUUGAAAAUACAUAGCUUAAAAUAAAACUAGAAAUUCAAUGAGAAUUUACAAAUUA